AUGUUCGGCAGAAUUAGCUAAAGAAUUUCCAAGUUAGCUAGAUUACAAAGAGCUUUCUCCACCCUCUAAAAGCAAGCUUAGAGCAACGUUGUCAAGAGCGAAAGACUCCAAUUCAGCAAGGCUCGUUUGACUGACUUCGGUGAACUCCCUCAAGGAGAAAUUCCCACUGCUCUUCAAUACGAUAGACCUUGCAGAGUUGAAACCUUAGCUAACGGAGUUAGACUUGCUGUUGAACCUUCUUCCGUUUCUCCUCUCGCUGCAGUCUCUGUUGUUGUUAGAGCUGGUACUAGACAAGAAACAUUAGAAACCUCAGGUGUUGCCCAAUUUGUCCAAAGACUCGUUCUUAGAGGUACUUCUAAGAGAAACAGAGAAUAAAUUGAAAAGGAACUCGCCCUUUUGGGUGGUAACUUGAAGGUCUAAGUUGGCAGAGAAACCACUACUUAUACUUUGAGCGUUUUACCCGAAAACGUUGAAAAGGCUGUUGACUUCCUCGGUGAUAUUUUAUAAAACUCUGUCUUCAACAAGCAAUAAGUUGAAGCUGAAAAGGAAGCUGUUUAUAACAAUGCCCUCAGCGCUCAAAACGAUCAAUAAGGUCUCCUCCUUGAAAAUAUUCACUUCACUGCUUACAGAGAUCACUACUUCGGUCAACCUACUCACGGUAUCAGAGAAAACCUUCACAACAUCACUGAUGAAGUUGUUAAAAACUUCGUCAAGACUAACUAUGUUGGUUCCAACUUUGUUGUUGCUGCUGCUGGUAAUGUUAACUCUCAAGCUUUCCUCCAAGCUGCUGAAAAGGCAUUCGGAACCGUCGCUUAAAAGGAUGCCACUACUUUUGUUCCCAACACUGAAAAGCCCUACUUCACUCCCUCUUAUAUGACCAUCAGAGACGAUGAAAUGCACAACUUAAACGUUGGUGUCUUCUUCGAAGCUCCUAGCUGGACUGAUCCCGAUUUCUUCACUAUUAAUUUCUUCUAAAGAAUCUUAGGUGAAUAUCAAGCUGAUAAAUAUACUGGCCAACACUUGAACACCUCUGACAGAUAAUACUCUUUAAUUCACAAGGAAUUAGGUAACUUACCUGACGUCACCAUCCAUAAAACUCACUAUUUACCUUACUCUGAUACUGGUCUUUUCGGUUCUUACUUCUAUGGUAAUGAAAUUUUCGGCAACCAAAUGUUAUUCUUAUCUCAAAUGAUUCUCUCUGAAUACGCUUCUUACAUUAACUAAGCUGAAAUCUACAGAGCUAGAGCCAAAUACUUCAACGAACUCCUUGCUGAAUAAAACUCUGCUGAUAUUGCUUCUUCUAUUGCUACCUAAGUCACCUACUUGAACAGAAGAGUUCCUAGAUCUGAAGUUGCUAAGAGAAUUUCUAGCCUCGACAGUGGUUUAAUUAAUAGAGCUGCCACCAGAUGGUUCUGGGAUAAGGAACUUGCUAUCGUUACUUGGGGUCCUUCUCACGGUUUAAUUGCUGGUUCUCACUAUAACAGAAGUAUUAAGAGAUCUACCCUCGGAUGGUACGGUAACACUCACUACUACAUUGUCUGA